UAUAAUUGAUUUUGUUUAUCGAAGUGACGACUGCUCACUAUUAAAAUUAUUUAAAUUAAAAUUCCUUUUAUAAAGUUUUAGAUAAAAUCAAUGUGAUGUGAAAAAAGUGCCUCUUAUGCGUCUACAAAAUGAACACUUGAUACUAAUCGAGAUCGCCAAUAAUUUUGAUUUCCAACGUAAGUGAUCUACAUAAUCCAGGGUAAUAAGGUUUUUUCCAUGAAACUUCCACAGCCAGGGUACUGAAACGUUUUUUCGACAGUUCAAAUAGCCAAUUAACGAACCUAAUUCGCACAUCUCCUAGUUGUGAGUAGUCUUUCGUGGCAACAAGAUGGUAGAAACUAAGUACCCCGAAACAAAAGGUCAACAGCACAAAGUUGGAGAUGAUCAAGUAAACGAAUCCGAAUAUUGGAAUAGUAGUGCCAAAAUAAUUCCUGAAGAUGAAAAUACAGAAAAUGCUACUAGCACAAAUAAAGUUCCAGGAUUCGGAUAUAGACAUAUACAAAUAGGAUUAUUAUUUUUAAUGCUUGCCAUUGGUUACGCCAUGAGAGUAAAUUUAUCGGUAGGCAUCGUUGCGAUGACUAAUGGAACCACAACAGAAAAUCCUGAUGUACCGUGGUACGAAUGGAAAAAUAAAAGUGUAGUUCUUUCUUCGUUUUUCUGGGGCUACAUUUGUUUGCAAAUAUUUGCUGGACAACUUGGUCAAACUUAUGGUACUAAAUGGUUGGCUUUCGUUUCAAUGGCCGUCAAUUCAACAGCUUGUUUCAUUAUCCCAUUCAUGGCUGAAUGGCUGGGAUCUUCUGGAGUUAUAGCAUGUCGUGUGGUACAAGGAUUAUCACAGGGUUUCUUUUUCCCUUCGGUGCAUAAUAUUUUGGGAAAAUGGGCCCCAUUGGAAGAGAGAGCGUUUCUUUCGAUGAUAGCUUUUGCAGGACCAUCAUUCGGUACAAUUGUGUCACUAAUUGCUAGCGGAGCAAUAGCAUCUUCUUGGGCAGGGUGGCCGUAUGCAUUCUACAUAUUUGGAGGGCUGGGUUAUGUUUGGAUGCUACCGUGGGCAUUCCUUGCAGCGAAUACCCCUGCCUUACAUCCGAAUAUAUCCAAAGCAGAAAAAGAUUAUAUAGAAAAUAGUCUUAGUGUUAAGACGCAAGUGGUUGCGCCUACACCUUGGAAGGAUAUAUUUACCUCCGUACCUGUAUGGGCUUUUGUUAUUACUAUGUUUGGCCAAAAUUGGGGUUACUCGACACUACUGACAGAGAUACCAAACUACUUGAGCAAUAUUAUGCAUUUUGAAAUGAAGUCGAACAGUCUUUUAUCAGCUGCACCAUAUGCAACUAGCUUCUUAUUAAGUUUUGUAUUUGGAGCUAUCUCAGAUUUCUUAAUUAAUAGAAGAUACUUUUCAAGAGUAUUUGCACGAAAAUUUUUUAACACAGUUGGAAUACUUGGUCCUGCGAUUGCAUUAGUAGUUCUGAGUUUUCUUCCAGACUCCCAAAGUACUCUCAGCAUUAUCAUGUUGGUCAUUGCUGUAGGUAUAAAUUCUGCAGCUUUUGUAGGAUUCCAAAUUAAUCCUGUUGAUUUGGCACCCAAGUACUCAGGAGUACUCAUGGGUAUUGGCAACGGAUCUUCCAAUAUAUGCUCAAUUCUAGCUCCCUUAGCUGUUCAAUUUGUGGUUGUUCCUGAGACUGAUAAAUCGCUUUGGAGGAUAAUUUUUAUCGUAGCAGCCUGUGUCUACACUGCAGCCGCCAUUAUUUUUAUCAUCUUUGGGUCAGCCGAAGUUCAACCUUGGAAUGACAAAGAGCAGAACAACGAAAAAGAAGAAAAAAAUAAAGAAAAAGUCUGAACAAUCAAAAUUAACGAUUGAACAUCUUUAGUUCACUUCAAUGGUACUAAAAGUGUAUCUGUGAUAUAUUUUAAUUUUUCUUUGCACGAGAUAAAAAGUUUAUAGAAGCAUACUGGUAACUCAGUAGCAAACAAUAUUACCAGCAAAAUAAUAAAAUUUGAAAGAUAUAUAAAAUUAUUUGUUAUAUUUUAUUUUUAAAUAUUGUUUUAUUUUUUAAAAUACCAACUGUACUAACUGAAAAUAUUUUUAUUAAAAUACGAUCAAAAUUAUUUUAGUUUUAUAUUGUUUUUACUCUAUUUGUUAUUUUUUGGAUUUAUUGGCCAUGUAUUGUUCUUUUUAAAUUGUUUUUGUCCUUACGGAGUACUUUUGUGUUUGCUUAACUGUAAAUACAUGUGCAAUAAAUACAAUACGUCCAUUGUGAAAACCAAGAUUUUAUUUAAUGUGGAAAAAGAUUGUUUAAUUUUUAAUUGUUUAAAAGUCUUGAAGUGUAUUAUAUAUUGUUUUCUUUUAAAUUCUUUAAACUAUGAUUAGUUUUUAGGAAAUAUAUGUUUUGUAAUAUU